CUGGAUGUUAGUCGCCACUUCAGACACAUGUGCAUUUAUCCAACAACCAGAGGAAAAAACACCGUCGUCUCUUAGGGGCUGUUUGGAUGGCGCUCAGGCCAGCCACGCCAAAUCGCGGGCGAGCCAAAAAAUUGGCAAUGAAAUUCGCCGCCACGAAUCUACCCUGGCGUUGGCGCAGGAAACUAGCUGGCUACCAAAAUUUUGGCGUAGGCUAGCAAAUUUGGCUGCCAACCAAACAGGCACUUACCUCUCCCUACUCAGCUUCUAAUCCCCAUUCUCCAACCAUGGCGGGCGCUCACCUUCUCGCCCCUCCCCCUCCACCUCCGAGCGCCUUACCCAGCGGUUCCUCAACAGCUCGCAGCUGUCGCUCAAGUCGCUUCCGCUUCUCUCCUCCUGCCUGCCCCCUUGCUGUCGUCCGCCGCCGACCGGACUUGGAUGGACGAGCACAUCCUCAAGGCCAAGCAGGCGCGGUGCUCCAGCAGUCUGGCCUCCUCGGCGUCGACGCAGUCUGCAUCCAUCUAGGCAUUCAUCUAAUAAGUUCUAUGUCUUCUGAAAUCUGUCUGGUUUUUCUUCCUUCACAUCUAAUUAGUUUCACAUGGAUUUGUAUGUUACAGAGUUCUAAAGAACAGAGGAAGAUUCCUGUGCUUGGAGUUGAGUCAUGUGAAUGUUUAGAUUUUUAAAGACAUGUAGGUUUCCUUUGGUCAACUAUGUUGUUGUUGUAGGAUAACUUCAUAUGACCACUGUCUUAAACAUUCAGUUAAAAACAAACAAGCAGAUCCUGUCAAUUUUUUUAAAAGCAUAGGGCUACAAUAACCUGCAACAAAGUUAAUAUCUGCUUGCAAAACUAUGUGGUUUCCUUUAGUCAAGUAUGUUGUCAAUGGAAUUUGCCCUGAAUUGCGUACUUAUAUCCAAUGACGCAUAUAGUCUUGUUUAUUAAUGCCUUGAAAUUUCCAUGUAUCGUCCCUCUUCUCCUCUUUGUGCCGCUGCCCCUUGUUCAGUUUGGUUCGAUUUGCUUUUCUUCCCGUUUCCCUAGUGCGGUUUCCUCAUGUAGGUGCUGCUGCGUGAUGUGCACUGGGGAUAAGGAAAAAAAGAGAAGGCUGUUCAGGUGAUGAGGAAACCAAAUGGGACGUGGGGCUAGGCCUCAAUGAAUCCAAAAGAGCUCAAUGCUAUGCUGUUUAUUCCUCUGUUGUUUGAGAUAGACUUGUGAAUUUCCAGUGCUAGUAUGUGAAUAACACUCUACAUUUUGAGGUUCAGAGCACUUGUUUGCACUUGGCUCGCACCAUGUGGUGGUGAUUGUGGUUGCCUACAUUCAGCCAGUGUGUGAGUCUUGCUGUACGUCACGCGGUUAUUCCAUGGCGUCUCACAUUUCGUUCCGUUGAUUUCUUGCAGAUAUUGUGUAGGAGGUUGAGGGACAUGAGGGCCGGCAGUGAGCUUAAAGCUCUGUUGCUAUUCAACGGUCUCAGAAAUCUCUUCAAAUAAACAGAUGAGGGAAUUGGACUAUGCCACGCCCGCUGGCCCUUCCCUUCCUUCCACCUCUCCCUCUUGUGCUCCUUCUCCUCCGUAUUGUACCUCCUCCGGCUACUGGCGCCCAUGGCCAGCACAACAGUUAAAAUUCUUCUUCUCAAUGUUUUAGUGUCCGUAUAUUUUUUAGUUUUGUUUCUUUGGUAGUGUUGUUGCUUCACAGUUGAACUAUAUGUGUAAUAACUAUCAGUAGUCUAGGUUUGAGCAUUAGAAUCGUUUUAGAAUCAGAUAAAAAAUUAAUUUGAUCUGAUCCUGUUUUCCUAUUGUCUAAUCUUGGAGUAAGUUUCUCUUGAAUAUAUGUGAUCUGUUCUGUCACUUUGUGGUACUCUUUAAUCUCUUUGGUUAAUAUAAACAUGGUUGUGCAAUUAUGAUUGAAAUCACAUCAACAGAAAGUCUACGCCUAAUUAUUAUUGGAAUUACCUUAACACCUGUUUCACAAUACAUUGCAAUCUUGCGGCUACUCCUGAACCCAAAACCGGCCAUCCACUUGAUUACCUGUAUCAAACCAUGGCAGGAAGUUGUUGAUUUCGUCGAAAGCAGCAAUCAAAGGCAUGCCUGGCUACCCUGAUGAACGCCAAGGGGUUCAGAGAUAUGGGGAGUAGACCAUGUCCAUCACCAGGCGCCGCUGGUGCAUUCUCUGGCAGGUGUACCCGCUUCCACUUGGGCAGUAGCUGCUUCUCCCUGACGCCCACCACCGCUACGGGCUGCCGCUGCUACUGCUCUUGCUCGUUGGUGCCGCUGGUGCAUUCUCUGGCAGGUGCACCCGCUUCCACUUGGGCAGUAGCUGCUUCUCCCCGACGCCCACCACCGCUACGGGCUGCCGCUGCUACUGCUCUUGCUCGUUGGCGCCGCAUGCUGCUGCUCGCCGAAGCCUUGUGCUGCCGUUGUCCUGGACCUGGUCGCGAGUCGCGACUCACACCAUGGUUGCCGCCACAAACUGCCGUGUUCUGUGAAGAACGCAACUUCAAAGCAGCAAAAGCUUCACCACCGCUGGCUCCCAUGACAUUGCUUUUUCUCCGGCUAUUCCAACGGUGCUGCCCCGCCACUGUUGGUCAUCCUCUUGGAGCCACUUUAGCCAGGAAUGAGUGUACUCCAGCCCGGCGACGUCAAUGGCGAUGGAGGUGUGGAAAGAGUCGGAGGCGGCAAGCAGGGCGGGCGAAGAGUAGGCCGAGGCCAAGGCGGCACAGGAGUGCCAGCCAUGAGGCCCGCCUCCACCUGCAAGAACUUCGAGCCGUAGCGCUGGAUCCUUCUGUCUCCCGCGCCCGUCCUCCGUCGCCCAGCUCCGGCGAGCUCCUGCCUAGAUCGCCCCACCUCCCCUCCUUUCUCCCUUCUUCUCUCCCUCACGGCCUCACCUCCCUGUCUUCUUUCUCCCCAGGACCCGCUGAUGCCAUGGAUGCGCCCGGGAAGCCUCGCCGCCGGCCUUGCUCGUCGUCACCGGUGACCCCCGCCUCGCUGCCGGCCUCUGGAUCCGCCUCCCAAGCACCUUCCGUGCAUGGAUCCGUCCCCUUCAAGCUCCAUCCGCCGCCGCCCUUCUGCAUGGAGCCGCCCCCAGCCGCUCGUGCCGCCGCGCGUUGAUCCGAUCCUGAACCAGACGUAUGGACUGCGGGUUGAAUAUACUAAACAGCAGGGCCCUUUUUGUAAAAAUGAAACGUUUUGUCAGAUCCACUUAUAAAAGGAUUGCGGGUUGCAUUACCAAAAAGUAGAAGGACUUUUUGCAAAACAGCCGCGACGACGGACGAACAGAAACCUAAUUUAAUUGUAAGCCCAUAAGUAUGCAUCAACCCCUCCCCCACCCCAAGCAGGUCCACACCUUCUACUUCAACACAAAGCACUCAAUGGCCUAGGCUUGAAUCAUCUCUCCUUCUCGGUUUCUCCUUCUUUUCCCGUCACCUCAAAUGCGAAUAAAAGCAAAGCCCAAAUCAAUCUUCCAUCUUAUUUGAAUGUUUUUUCUGCAUCAAACUUAAAAAGAAAUCUGCUCGUGAAUUUAUGCAUCAAACUUGCAAGUUUGUAAAGUUUGAGCAUAUUUGAUGUCAUGAAGUUUCAGAUUUAUUUCACCAAAAAAAAUGAAGUUUCAGAUUUUAUUUAAUAUUUGUUUUCUAUCUUUUGAAGUUACUGUUCAUGAGGGUGUAGGGACACCCUGAGCUAAAAACCAAUCUCUACAAACUCACCAGCCGUUUUUGAGGACGGGCGUAUGUAUAUCAAACCUGCAUGAUUUACACCAUUGCAUACAUCAGGAGA